AUGGCAACUGUGGAACCAGAAACCACCCCUACUCCUACCCCGCCUUCAGAAGAAGAGAAAACAGAAUCUAAUCAGGAGGUUGCUAACCCAGAACACUAUAUUAAACAUCCUUUACAGAACAGAUGGGCACUCUGGUUUUUUAAAAAUGAUAAAAGCAAAACUUGGCAAGCAAACCUUCGGCUGAUCUCUAAGUUUGAUACUGUUGAAGACUUUUGGGCUCUGUACAACCACAUCCAGUUGUCUAGUAAUUUAAUGCCUGGCUGUGACUACUCACUUUUUAAGGAUGGUAUUGAGCCUAUGUGGGAAGAUGAGAAAAACAAACGAGGAGGACGAUGGUUAAUUACAUUGAACAAACAGCAGAGACGAAGUGAUCUGGAUCGCUUUUGGCUAGAGACACUGCUGUGCCUUAUUGGAGAAUCUUUUGAUGACUACAGUGAUGAUGUAUGUGGAGCUGUUGUUAAUGUUAGAGCUAAAGGUGAUAAGAUAGCAAUAUGGACUACUGAAUGUGAAAACAGAAAAGCUGUUACGCAUAUAGGGAGGGUAUACAAGGAAAGGUUAGGACUUCCUCCAAAGAUAGUGAUUGGUUAUCAGUCCCAUGCAGACACAGCUACUAAGAGCGGUUCCACCACUAAAAAUAGGUUUGUUGUUUAAGAAGACACCUUCUGAGUAUUCUCAUAGGAGACUGCGUCAAGCAAUCAAGAUUUGGGAGCUGAACCAAAGCCUCUUCCAAAGCAGAGUGGACUGCAUUUAAAUUUGAUUUCCAUCUAAAUGUUGCUAAGAUAUAAGAGAAGUCUCAUUCGCCUUUGUCUUGUACUUCUGUGUUCACUUUUUUUUUUUUUUUUUUUUGGCUAGAGUGUCCAUUAUCCCAAUCAAAGAAUUACAGUACACAUCAUCCCCAGAAUCCAUGAAUGUGUUCCUGGCCCACUCUGUAAUAGCUUAGUAGAAUUACCAUUAUAAACACAUUUUACCCAUCCACAAUAUUCAAAAAAGAACUUGCAUUUCUAUACCUUAAAGGAAAAAAUUCUGUUUAUGUUCCAUUGUAUGCAGGAGCAUAUUUUGCUGGUUUGAAAGAGUAUGAUGCAUACAGUUUUCUAGCAAUUUUCUUUGUUUCUUUUUACAGCAUUGUCUUUGCUGUACUCUUGCUGAUGGCUGCUAGAUUUUAAUUUAUUUGUUUCCCUACUUGAUAACAUUAGUGAUUCUGAUUUCAGUUUUUCAUUUGUUUUGCUUUUGUUUUUUUCCUCAUGUAACAUUGGUGAAGGAUCCAGGAAUAUGACACAAAGGUGGAAUAAACAUUAAUUUUGUGCAUUCUUUGGUAAUUUUUUUGUUUUUUUGUAACUACAAAGCUUUGCUACAAAUUUAUGUAUUUCAUUCAAAUCAGUGAUCUAUGUUUGUGUGAUUUCCUAAACAUAAUUGUGGAUUAUAAAAAAAAAAUGUAACAUCAUAAUUACAUUCCUAAUUAGAAUUAGUAUGUCUGUUUUUGUAUCUUUAUGCUGUAUUUUAACACUUUGUAUUACUUAGGUUGUUUUGCUUUGGUUAAAAAAUGGCUCAAGUAGAAAAGCGGUCCCAUUCAUAUUAAGACAGUGUACAAAACUGUAAAUAAAAUGUGUACAGUGAAUUGUC